CAUAUUCUUCCAUACUUCUUUCAUCAUAUCCUUAAAUAUUAAUCAUGGAAAAAACCACAAAAGAGUUGACAAAAGUCGAAGACGAAGACAUCGUUUUCCGAAGCCGUUUUCCGUCCGUUUCCAUUCCCGAUAAUGUCACAUUGCCGGAGUUUGUGCUUAAGGACGCAGAACUGUACGCCGAUCAUGUGGCAUUCGUGGAUGCUACCACCAAAAAGUCGUGCACACAUGGUGAAGUCGUUAGGGACGUUAGAAGGUUUUCCAAGGGGUUGAGGUCUCUUGGACUUAGAACAGGUCAUGUUGUGGUCGUCAUACUCCCCAAUGUCAUUGAAUACGCAAUCGUGGCUUUAGGCGUAAUGACAGCCGGUGGUGUCUUUUCAGGCGCGAAUCCAUCGAGCCAUUCGUCUGAGAUCAAAAAACAAGUCGACUUAGCAGAAGCAAAACUAAUUGUAACUGAUGAGCGCACUUACAAUAAGGUAAAAGAACUAGGAUUACCCGUGAUCAUCCUAGGAGAAGAACGAGUACAAGGGACAAUUUACUGGGACGAAUUGCUAGCUACAUCAGAACGAUCCAUCACCAACGAAACCGAAACCGUCGUAAACCAAAACGACCUUUGCGCGCUCCCAUUCUCGUCGGGUACAACCGGACUAUCAAAGGGCGUAAUGCUAACUCACAGGAACAUCGUAGCGAACCUAUGUUCGACUUUGUUCAGUGUCAACCCAGAUUACAUAGGCAAAGUCACCAUUCUGGGGCUAAUUCCGUACUUUCACAUCUAUGGACUGACAGGAAUAUUGUGUGCUAAUAUUAGGAACAAAGGGAAGGUUGUUGUUAUGGGGAGGUAUGACUUGUCUUCUGUUUUGAAAGCAUUGAUUGAGCAUGAAGUACAUUUUGCACCACUUGUGCCACCAAUAUUGUUGGGGUUGGUUAAACAUCCCCUUGAUGAAGAUCUUGCUAAGCUUCAACUUAGAUCGGUUAUGACCGCGGCUGCGCCGCUUGCGCCUGAGAUUUAUGAGGAGUUUAGAAGGAAGUUUCCUCAAAUUGAAGUUCAAGAGGCUUACGGGAUGACAGAACAUAGUUGCAUAACGCUAACCCAUGGCCAUGGAGACCCAAACAAGGGCCAUCACACUGCUAAAAAACGAUCAGUUGGUUGCAUACUACCAAAUUUAGAAGUGAAAUUCGUUGAUCCCGAUACAGGUCGUUCUCUCCCUGCAAACACCCCUGGGGAAGUAUGCGUUCGAAGUCAAUGUGUGAUGAAAGGUUAUUACAAGAAUGAAGCUGAAACGGCUCAAACGAUUGAUGAAUACGGAUGGCUUCACACCGGGGACAUUGGAUACAUUGAUGAUGAAGGAGAUUUGUUCAUCGUGGAUCGUUUGAAAGAGUUAAUUAAGUACAAAGGAUUUCAAGUUGCACCGGCUGAAUUGGAGGGAAUACUUUUAGGACAUCCUUCUGUCGAAGAUGCCGCAGUCGUGGGGUUGCCUGAUAAAGAGGCCGGGGAAAUACCAGGUGCACAUGUGGUAAUGAGCAAAGAUGCAAAAGAGAGUGAAGAAGAUAUGAUGAAGUACAUAGCUAAUAAUGUAGCACAUUACAAGAAGGUGAGGGUGCUUCAUUUCGUAGAUGAAAUACCUAAAUCACCCUCCGGGAAGAUCAUGAGAAGACUCAUUAAACAGAAAAUGUUGGAGAAUAUUACCAAAUCUACAUCUCCAUAAUAAACGAAUCAUAUAGUGUCAUAGUUGAAAUACUAAUUUUUUUUUUCAUACCAACUAGUACUAUGUAACGCAUUAUACUUCAAUAAACACUUUACAAGGGUUUUAAAAGUUCAGCCUUUUAUU